CAAAGUCAAAAUUUUCGGUUGAACUCUCGCGGUGUUAUCGAUGUUAGAAGCGAAAUUUAAGUAAAUCAAUAUAUAUUAUUACCAAAUUUCGAGUGCUAAAUCGGCAAUGGCCUUCGUGUGUUCCGAAAAGAGCAAAAAACGCCAGGAUCUUCUUAGGGAGCUGAAGAAACUGGUCGAUCAGUUGGACGAUGACAAAUGUUACAAAACUUGUAUCCAGCAACCGUCAGUAAAUAAAAACACAGGACCAGUUAUCGAGAUAUAUGAUCCCUUACCAAAACCUUGUUUGCCCAUUUGCAGCCCAUGUUUCGUUCCAUGUUGUCCAGCUGGAGGUCAAUCUCCCGAUUACUGCCUUCAGUCAGAUCGCUCUCGGUCUCGGGAUUGUUGUCUACCAAAACGUACACCAGAAACCUGCCAAGUCCGGAACGGAUCAGUACCAGUUACCACACCACCGCCUCAACCUAUUUGUGUUCCACCGCUUUUACCAAUAUGUACUCCCCUUCCCCCGCCCUGUAUGCCAGUUUGCAAUUCAGCCGUCGAGGAGCAGCCCUGCGUCCCUUGCAAUCCUCCCCAAAUGAUGGUAUGUUACAAGAUACAGACAACGAAUGGAAAUACAUGCACCAGGUCGAAGAGUAGAGAGUUGAGGGCCAGUGUAUUGCACGUCGGUUGUGAAUGCGAAAAACACAACGGGCUACAAGACAACUGCCCCCGAUCGGAAUGUCAUGGCAAUCCUGAAUGUCUCACCAAACCUGAGCCAACCUGCGGUCCUUCAACUUUCGCAGGCAUGAAGCAUUUAGGAAAACCGUACUGCACCGACAAGAAGACGGAAAGCAACCAAUAUCAGUGCUAUCCGGCUUUCGUCAGGAUUCCUCCUUGCACCCCAACAAAUGGGUCGAAUCGGCAAAAAUGCAAUGGAAAUGGGGGUGCACAAAGCAACUUUUGUCCGCCCUGUAUGCCACUUAUAGCGCAAGUACCAUGUCCCCCAUCAAUUACGGUCGAAACUCCGGAUACGCCACCAGCCUACUGCACCGCCCCCUACCCGAUGGUGUGUCUACCACCUGCGAUGUGUUGUCCCCAAACCACUCAAAUGCAAAGUGCUUGUUACUCUCCGCCAAAUUGCCUAUGUCCUUGUUAACACUUUCAUUAAAAAAAUGUAUCUUUCACAGCAAACAUGUUUUAUUCACUUUAUGCCCUCGAGACGCACCUCGUUAA